AGGGGCUUCGUGUGUGGUGGUCUUACGGAGAAGAACACUUGCGGGACAUCCACAAGGAAGCCUAAAUGUCCACACAACAGGCGCGUUGAUGUCGCUGAGAUAUCGGAUCUAAGUUCCUCACAAGUUGCGGCGGGAAGGCUUGAAGUUUGCGCGGCCAGGUGGAGUUUUUUUUUUUUUUUUUUUUUUUUCUUCACGUCUGAAGAACAUCUCACCAACAUCGGGACAAGUGGGCGUCAUGUGCAGCACCGUGCGCGUCCUGUUGGCCUUGCUCGCGGUGUCCGGCAGCGUGGCUGUGGAGGACAUAGACGUGGUGGUCUUCCUGCCCAAAAACGACUCGUACCUCUUCUCCCACGCCAGAGUCGCACCGGCGGUUCUUUACGCGCAAAUGAAGCUGCAGGCACCCGGAGCGCCUUUCUCCGGCUUCCGCUUCAACAUCCGCUUCGAGAGCUCCAACUGCGUGAACGACGCCGUCUUCCACUUGUUGGACACGUCGUGCGGCAAGAAGCCGGACCUGAUCCUGGGUCCGGUGUGCGAGUACGAGGCUGCGGCGGUGGUGCGGCUGGCGUCCCAUUGGAACAUUCCCGUCAUCUCGGCAGGUGCCCUGGCCGCCGCCUUCGGCGACAAGAAGACGGAGUUCUCCCAUCUCACACGCAUCGCUCCGUCCUACGGCAAGAUGGCAGAGACCUUCAGCGCCAUCUUCAAGUACUUCUCGUGGAGGACCGCCGUCCUGGUCUACGAGGACGACAAGGAGGACAGGAACUGUUACUUCACCGUGGAGGGCAUCUAUCAUCUCAUGGCGGACAUGAACAUUAAAACCUACUCUGUGUCUCACGAAGACCGCAUGGACACCGAAGACAUCAUCCAAAGCGUGUAUGACACUGAAGUGGUGAUCUUGUGUAUGGAAGCCAACAAAAUCCGAGAAAUCAUGCUUGCUGCACACCGACGACGACUGACCGGCGGAACUCACAUGUUCUUCAAUAUCGAACUCUUCAACGCCUCCUCUUACGGCAACGGCUCGUGGAGGAGAGGAGACAAGUCGGACGCGGAUGCGAGGCGAGCCUACGCUUAUUUGAACACGGUCACGCUGCUUCGGACCGUCAAGCCCGAGUUUGAAAACUUCUCUGUGGAAAUUAAAAAGGCCAGUGAAAGUAUGGGACUGGACCACUGCGAUGACUGUGGAAGCGUCAACAUGUUUGUGGAGGGAUUCCACGACGCUUUGUUGCUCUACGCCAUUGCUUUGCAUGAAGCCAUGAAAAAAGGAUUCAGCAAGAAGAACGGAACAGAAAUAACAUCGGAAAUGUGGAACAGAACGUUUGAAGGAAUCGCUGGUCAGGUAUCCAUGGACGUUAAUGGGGACAGAAAUGGAGAUUUCUCUUUGAUGGCAAUGACCAAUGUCGAUACAGGAACGUACGAGGUGGUGGCCAAUUACUACGGAAUGAAUGGAACCUUUGAGCUCCUGCCCAGCUUCAACCACGACCAUUUCACUCUGGACCAAAUCCAGAUCACUCAUACGGAGAUAUCAGACACAUCAUGUGGACUUGGAGUGUCGGCGUUGACCGGAGUCAUCGUGGGAACUGUUCUGGGAACCACGAUGCUCAUAGCGUACUACUUUUUCAGGAAAAAUUACAGGAUCAUCAUCGAGCGUCGAACACACGGCGAAGAGUGCACCACAGGGAAGCACCGCCAGUUACGCGAGGACUCCAUCAGAUCAAACUUCUCCGCUGCUUGACUGAUGCCACGGAAUUCCUCUUGACAGCAACACGCAGCAGUGCUUCUCGGGAGGAGUUGUAUUUGUUAACUUCCAAACCUACUGUAUCUCAGGACAACUACUGUCUCAAAGCACCACUUGUGGGGGUUUUUUCUUCACAAGUGAGUAUUUGUAUGGAUGUCGAUUUUAUUCUCCUUUGAGCAUUUUAUAAAGAUAUAGGUGUUUUUUUUUUUUUAAAUAUAUACACUGUAAACAAAACGGUAGUUUUGACAUUAAUGAAUGACUUAAUGCUGUAGGUAUAUGUGAUGCUACAUUGUCGACGUUGGUGGCUACAAAUGUUGAUAUGACUAAUGGAAGUCUGAUUUUUAUGGUUUUAUUUAAAAUGCAGCAUGUAAAAAUAAAAAAAAUUGACUUUAAAAAUGAAGCAAAAAGGUAAAAAGAGGAGCGUAUGUGAUCAACUGACUGGACACAAUGUGAAGUACCCCGGCAUAAUCAAUACAGGAACGUGGCUCUUAUUGAUGCAUUGCUAAUUGAUAUUCUUUUGUUUUCAUGAUUUCAAUGGUAAAAAAAAAAAAACGAGUACACAAGAUUUCAUUUAUUUAAUGACUUAAUAAUAAAUCAUAUUAAAAUAAAUGGCAAGAAGAAAUAUUUGUGUAAAAUGAAAUCAUAAUACAGCGGAACCUUGGUUAGCAUCAUUAAUCCAUUCCUGAAGGUCCAACUCUAACCAAAACGUACUCUAACCAAAUCAUUUUUUUCAAUAAGAAAUAAUGUAAAUCCAAUUAAUUAAUUUCAGAAAGCCAGGAAUUUUAACACAGAGCAGGUUUUUGUAGUAUUUUUAUUGUAUUAUAGUAUUUUUAUUUUUAUGGCCACCACUCUAACCAAAACAUACUCUAACCAAAUAAUUUUUUUCAAUAAGAAUUAAUGUAAAUCCAAUUCAUCCAUUUCAGAAAGCCAAGAACUUUAACACAGAGCAGGUUUUUAUAGUAUUUUUAUUGUACUAUAGUAUUUUUAUUUUUAUGGCCACCACUCUAACCAAAACGUACUCUAACCAAAUAUUUUUUUUCAAUAAGAAAUAAUGUAAAUCCAAUUCAUCCAUUUCAGAAAGCCAAGAACUUUAACACAAAGCAGGUUUUUAUAGUAUUUUUAUUGUAUUAUAGUAUUUUUAUAGCGACCCCAAAUUAUCCAUAGGUAUGAAUGUGAGUGUGAAUGGUUGUUUGUCUAUAUGUGCCCUGUGAUUGGCUGGCCACCAGUCCAGGGUGUACCCCGCCUCUCACCAGAAGGGAGCUGGGAUAGGCUCCAGCAUGCAUAAGCGGUAGAAAAUAGAUAGAUGGAUGUUAAUAUCGGGCUGACAAUUAUCGGUUAACCAAAGAAAAUGCUAACCCAAGCGUAUGCUAACCGAGGUUCCGCUGUAUUAUUAUUUGAAUACUUUGCCAAAGUCCAGAGCUUGUAGUGUUUAUAUUUUUUUAAUUUUUUAAUUUAAAUAUUAAUUUGCCGCCCGCUAGAGAAAAUAUGCCACUGAAUUCAUUUGCAGAAAACGCUGUCUGACUUUACGUGUUACAUUUCUAAAGAUACUCAGUGUACAUAUAAAAUGUGCCAAAUAGUUUUAUUACGACAGUAAUACACUCCCUUGCUGCAUUCUGUACUGUAUCUGGAAGGUAAAACAUUCUGUCCUGAUAUGGUUUGUUUCUAUUUCUAUCCACAGCCUCCAGAUGAACAUAUCUUUCUCUGACAACUGAAUGUACUGCAUGGAAAAAGAAGUAUUUGCUUAAUUUUGUAAACGUACUCCCUCGCAAAGAUAUAAACGCGACAUCAUUUCUAUUUUAUUACGCGCUUCGAUUUAAGACGGAGUAUUCAUAACAAUGAAUUUGUAUUGUAGUGAAAUCCACUUUCCAUUGUUUGGUGUUACACUGAAAUGAAUCCCACCACAACAAUGACUAUGUCUCCUUGUCAGUUCUUCCCAGUGAAUUUCUCAUAAUCCGAUUGGCCAACUUCAAAUGUGGAGGCGGGAUCUGGAUCUUUGUAAUGGUAUGUCAAUCAAUGAAUGAGAUCCGACGCUGCAUUCACGCACAACCGUCCACACAAACGCAGGUUUAUGAUUCAGAAUAUCACGAUUUAGUGUGCAUUAUUUAUGACAGAAUGUCUUAUUUAGUGUCAUACAUGUAACACCUGUACACGUGUUAUAAAUAUCGUAUUUUCUUAACUUUAUUCAAUAAAAGUUCGA